AUGAAUCCAAUCGUCUACGCCUUAUUGUUCAGUUUGGUGGCGGGUCUGGCCGUCGCCGAGAAGUCGGAAUACUGUCUGAGUGAGAUCGUCAAGUCGGACGAGAGGAUCCGAUCGCACGGAUAUCCGACGGAGACGCACGUGGUGACCACCGAGGAUGGCUACGUGCUGACCCUGUUCCGCAUUCCGUACUCCCACAAGCUGAAGAACCAGAACGAGCCACGCACCCCGGUUCUCCUGCAGCACGGACUGUUCAGCAACUCGGACUGCUGGCUCUGCUCCGGCCCGGACAACUCCCUGGCCUAUCUGCUGGCCGAUGCCGGAUACGAUGUCUGGCUGGGCAAUGCCCGUGGCAACAUCUACUCCCGGGAGAACAACCUCAUCUCGCUGAACAGCCACAAGUUCUGGCACUUUGACUGGCAUGAGAUCGGCACCAUCGACAUUCCCGCCAUGAUCGACUACAUCCUGGACACCACGGGCUACUCACAGCUCCACUACGCUGGCCACUCGCAGGGUACCACCGUCUACUUGGUGAUGCUCUCGGAGCGACCUGAGUACAAUGCCUUCAUCAAGUCCGGACACCUGGUGGCCCCCUGUGCCUACUUCGAGCACGGCACCUCCUUCGUCUUCAAAACCCUGGGCUCGUUGGUGGGCACUCCCGGCGGCAUCUGGAACCAACUGCUGGUGGACACCGAGCUGAUCCCCCACAACAACCUGGUCAACCGAGUGGUGGACAAUAGCUGCCAUAUGGGUGGCGCGCUCUGCAACAACGCCUUCAUCAUGUUCGCCAAUGGCGGUUACGUUAAUGUCAAUGUGAGCUCCAUGAAAGUCCUGAUUGAGACCCAUCCGGCUGGUUCCUCCAGCAACCAGGGCAUCCACUACCUGCAGUUGUGGGCGUCCAAGGAGUUCCGCCAGUACGACUGGGGCACCAAGAAGAACAACGAGAUUUACGGCCAGGAUCUGCCGCCAGACUACGAUCUCACCCAGAUCACCGCUCCCACGCACUCGUACUCCAGCAACAACGAUGCCCUGUGCGGACCCGAAGAUGUCAAUACUCUGGUGAAGAACUUCAUCCAUCUGAAGGAGGACUACCGUGUGCCCUUGCAGAGCUUCAACCAUUUGGACUUCAUCAUUGCGAGGAACAUGAAGGAGCUGGUCAACGAUCCGAUUAUCGAACGUAUUAACUCCUACGAAGGUCGUUAGGAAAUAGACCAAUAAAGAAACCCGUAAUGCAUUAA